ACAUUAUGAAGAUUUCAAAUAUCAAACCUUUUGCACUAAUCCUCGUCUUUUUCACUCUGUUUCAUGGUUGCGAAGCAGCUUUAAACUGCACCAGUCCGACCCCCGAGUCCCUGUUUAAGGAGCUUGACAAACAGUUAUUCAGUAAGAACCUCAUCCUGCCUGUUUCAAGCUUCUCAGAGACGCUCAACGUCUCAAUCAACAUCACUGUGGUUGGGAUUUUAGGAGUGGAUGAAAAAGUCCAAACACUGACAACUUUUUUAUGGCAAGUUCUGGAGUGGAAAAUAGCAGGACUCAGCUGGGAUGAGCAGGAAUGUGGAACUAAAAGAGUCUCUGUACUUCGGGAAAAGCUUUGGGUUCCAGAUGUUCACAUCUCAGAGUUUAUGGAUGAGAACAGAUCUCCUCAAACUCCCUACGUUUACUUACACAGCUCAGGCCAUGUUAGUGAUGAUAAACCCGUUAGAGUGGUCAGCUCCUGCAAGCUGGAAAUCUACAACUUUCCAUUUGAUAUCCAACAUUGCUCGCUGACGUUUGGGUCAUAUAUACACUUUGCUUCGGACAUACGGCUGCUUCCUGGCAUAACAGCAGAAGAGAUUCUGCGUGAAUCCAAAAGAGUGCUGGAGACGAACGGAGAGUGGGAACUCUCCGACAUAAAGGUGGUUCCAUCCGAACUGGAGCUAAGCGUAGGAAACUACUCUAUAGUCGAGUUUCAGCUGACCCUGCGCCGCAGACCAAUCCUUUAUGUGGUGAACCUGCUGGUCCCCAGCUGCUUCCUCAUCACUGUGGACCUCUUCAGCUUCCUGCUGCCUCCUCAGAGUGUGGACAGAGCCUCCUUCAAGAUGACCCUCAUCCUCGGAUACACCGUCUUCCUGCUCAUCAUGAACGACCUGCUGCCCGCCACAGGAGACAGGACGCCGCUUAUCAACGUGUUCUUCUCCAUCAGCCUGGCUCUGAUGGUGGCCAGCCUCCUGGAGACGGUCUUCAUCACCAACAUCCAGUACAGCUCCGGCCAGUACAGUGCUGUGCCUCGCUGGCUGAGCGUACUGGUGCUGCGUUAUCUCGCCGUUGUUGUUUGCAUGUCUCCAAAGAAGAGCAACAGAGUAACAGUCUGCCUCAACCCGUCUUACAAAGAUUCAACAGCAAAGACAAACUCCAUCACCAUCUCAGGAAACCAGAGCAUCUUAAAGGAACCGCAUCCAGUGAGGGCCCCCGCCCCUCCUGCUGCUACUCCAGAGCCGGCUCUGGAGGAGCUGAAGAAACUAACCAGAGAUCUCACAGCCAUCCGUCUGCAGGUGGACAAACACUUCCAGGGCUCCAAAACCGCAGAAGAAUGGCAAAUGAUUGGAAUAGUAAUAGACCGCCUGCUGUUUUACUUGUAUAUAGUCUUCAUUAUUGCAAGCUUCAUCACCAUUACGGGUAUCUGGAUCUGGAAUAAUACAUAUGCCGCAUAAGUUACAUCUGAAGGGAUGAAAACACCAAGAGUUUAAUGGUGUUAUUUCUAUUAAGUGUGCUUAAGUCUGAGUAGUAGAAAUAAUCAGCAUAUUUCACAAUAGCUGUAGAAAACAUAUUUUUUGCCCUAAAAACUGGCUAACAACAUAUUUAUGGCUUAAAACAAUACAUUAAUGUAUUUGGACAAGAAAAUUGCCAAACAUAAAACCAUCUGCAAAACAU